AAGAUCCAAAAAAACUCAACUUCUCCUUUUCCCCAAAUUCACUUCUCCACCGUUGCCACACACUCACAUUUGCUUCAUUUCGCCGUUUCUGUUAAACAAACCAUUACCGUUUAUCGUUGUGAUCGGAUUUUUUACACUCUUUUCCGGCCGGGUUGUUGAAGUAACAAUGGUCGACGUAGACCGGAGGAUGACCGGGCUGAAUCCGGCUCACUUAGCCGGACUCCGCCGUCUAUCCGCAAGAGCCGCCGCUUCUUCUCCGUCAACUCCGGUGCCUCCUCGGAAUAGUCUCCUUUCCUUCUCCUCCCUUGCUGAUAAAGUUAUAUCUCAUCUCAAGAGCUCUGGUAUUCAGGUUCAGGCCGGGUUGUCGGAUGUGGAGUUCGCUAGAGCUGAAGCAGAGUUUGGGUUUGCUUUUCCACCUGACUUAAAAGCUGUUCUCUCCGCCGGUUUACCCAUCGGACCCGGUUUUCCUGACUGGCGCUCUACUGGUCCGGCUCGGUUCCAGCUUCGUGCUUCGAUUGACUUACCCAUCGCUGCAAUUUCAUUCCAUAUAGCUCGUAAUGCCUUGUGGUCUAAGUCUUGGGGUCCUAGGCCAUGUGACCCAGAAAAGGCAAUUAAAAUAGCCAGAAAUGCUCUCAAAAGAGCUCCACUUCUGAUACCCAUUUUCAACCAUUGUUACAUUCCUUGUAAUCCUUGUUUAGCUGGUAACCCAAUUUUCUACGUGGACGAAAAUCGGAUUUUCUGCUGCGGGUUUGAUCUAUCCGACUUCUUUGAUCGUGAAUCAUCUUUGUUCCAAAGUUCAGAUCCUCAGAUUCUUUCAAAACAACGCUCUUUAAGCGAAAAAUCAGCUGGUUCAUCAUCCAUUUUCUCAAGGAGGAGCCUCGAUACACUCUCCGGUGGUCGGACGCCGCGUUGGGUGGAGUUCUGGAGCGAUGCUGCCGUAGAUCGAAGGCGGAGGAACUCAAAUUCGUCAUCGUCAUGUUCAACCUCACCGGAAAGGUACUUUGAAAUGCCCAAGUCCAAAAUGCCUAAUUGGGUCGACGAGUACGUAGAUAAUAUCGGGUCGGUUUUGAAAGAAGGCGGGUGGGCUGAAUCGGAUGUGAAGGAAAUUGUACAAGUUACAGCUUCUGGAUUCUUCGAAGGUGAAAUGAUAUUGUUGGAUAAUCAAGCGGUUAUGGAUGCUCUUCUUGUGAAAGCGGAUCGGUUCUCUGAUUCGCUCCGUAAGGCCGGGUGGAGCUCCGAAGAAGUUUCUUAUGCACUGGGUUUUGAUUAUCGACCGGAGAAGGAAAAGAAACCGGCUAAGAAGCUUUCACCGGAGUUAGCGGAAAGAAUCGGGAAAUUGGCUGAGUCGGUAACCCGUUCACGGUCAUCAUCAUAGAAUUGGUUAACCGGCUACCGGCAAACAUCGAGAUUCCUUUUUUCAUGUUCUUUUUUAGAUUUUCGAAACCUCGGGUUUGGUAUAUGCCUCUUUUUGGGUACAAUUGAUAUUCAGAGGCAAAAAAGAAACAAA